GACUUUGACAAGGUACCUGUCAUCGACUUGACGGACCUGCGCAGUCCGUGUCUUGACGCACGUCGAGCGUUAGCCAGAGAGGUCCACGAUGCAUGUUUGCAAGUCGGAUUCUUCUACAUCACGAACCAUGGCAUUCCUCAAGCAACUGUCGCUGCAAUCCACGAUAUAGCCCGCCAAUUCUUCGCCCUACCAGAAGAUCGCAAGAUGCAGUAUUCGAUCGCCAAAUCCCAGAAAUUCCGCGGCUUCAUGCCUCUCUACGCUGAGCAAAUGAUCGGACAUGAGCUCGACGAGUCCGGCUCUCAAACGACUAGCACACCUGGCGCAUAUUCCGAGUCAUUUGAUGUGGGGUAUGAGAUUGCGGCGGAUCCUCGUAGAGAGCCGCACGAUCCACUACCACCAGACCACUUUGACCUCUACGGCGACAAUCAAUGGCCCACUGAGGACGAUUUGCCCGGCUUCCGACAGACCUACCUGGAGUACUUUGCGGAAGCAUUGACUCUUUGUCGGUCUCUGAUGCGGAUCUUUGCUUUGGCACUUGACCUGCCAGAAGAAUUCUUCGACCCAAUAAUGGAACAUCCAGGUGCGACAUCAAGGAUGCUACAUUACCCACCGCAAUCGGUCAAUGAUACGUUUAAGAUUGGUCUAGGAGCUCAUACGGAUUAUGAGUGUAUAACUAUCCCUUCUCAGGACCUGGUGCCGGCUUUGCAAGUGCGCAACUCGAGCGACGAGUGGAUCACUGUUGAACCACUUCCCAACACGCUGGUAGUUAACAUCGCAGAUUGUCUGUCAAUGUGGACCAACGCCAAGUUCAAAUCUACUGUACAUCGUGUCAUCAAUAUCACGGGGGAGGAACGGUAUACGAUCCCUUUCUUUUUUGGGGUGGACUACAACACAAAUGUAUCAGUCUUGCCUACCUGCACCUCGGAGGACAAUCCACCGCGUCACAAGCCUUUCAAAGCAGGUGAGGUGAGUAGAAAUUCGAUUGCACUUCCAGUCUACUCGGUACAAUACAGCUGA